AGGGGCGGGAAACCUUCCCUGACUCCCUUCGCCACCUCAGCGUACCUGGCGGCGCGCGCGUGCACGCGCCCAAGGGGGCUGUUGUUCUGGAUGUCCGCGCGGCCCCAGCCUCUUCCCUCCUCCCCUCAGGAGUCGUUCUUGGCGCCUUCCGCUGACGGCGGAGGACGGAUGUACCGGCGGCGAGCCAUGCCCGGGACGUGCCGCUAAGAGAGGAAGAGCGAAAGAGAAAGAGCGAGCGCUCAUAAAUAACUAUAUAAAAACCAAGGCCAUGGCGGAGUUCCUGCCGUUGCCCGGGCUGUCCUUGCGGGAGGAGCCGCUUCCUGGGCCGGAGGCCGCUGAGACGGAGGCUGAGCUGUGGCAGAGCCUGGCGCGCACCAAGACCCGCUCGUACGGCAGCACGGCCACGGUGGUGGCGCCUCUGGCCGAGCGCUACGUGGAGCAUCGCCUCAGCGCCAGCGACACCCUCCAAGGCAUCGCGCUCAAGUACGGCGUGACGAUGGAACAAAUAAAAAGGGCAAACAAACUGUUCACAAAUGACUGUAUAUUUCUGAGAAAAACAUUGAAUAUCCCUGUUAUAUCUGAGAAGCCUUUGCUGUUUAAUGGACUUAACUCAUUGGAGUCUCCUGAGAAUGAAACUGACAGUCCCCCUUCUUGUGAAGAAAGACCAAUGACAGUCCAGGAAGACAAUUCUUCACCCAGUCCUCAGGAGCCUGACAAUCAGCUCCUUCCCCCUGAAGAAUUAUCUGCCAAAGAUUUUCUACAUAGACUGGAUUUGCAGAUUAAGAUGUCCAAACAGGCAGCUUGGAAACUAAAACCUGAAUAUAACAGAGAGGACGAUGAAGAAAAUUCCUAUGCAACUUCUUCCUAUCAGCAGUAGAAGAUGAAUGAAGAUCUGGAAUCAAAGCUGUUCUUAAAAGCUAAAUAUUUGAAGAUUCAAAAGCAAACCUUUUGGAUUCAUUUAUUAUGGUGUACUUGUUACAAGUCAUAUAUAGGUAAUUCCAUUAACUAUAUUUGCACUAAAAUGAUCUGACCUUCACCUUCUGCAGGUUAGAGUCCUUUUGCUAUACAGUAAUAAAGGAAAUAAUCCUUCCAAAACUAUUAGUUGCCUUCAUAUUUCUGCUAUGAAAAUAUAGCGCGUUAGGAACAAUAUAUCCCUGAGACAACUAUGAUUCAGGAUCUUUAGGAAACAGCUAUAUAUACUUAUAAGAUAAAGUGUAAGGAGGAUUAUUUAUGAUGAAAGUCAUUAUUAUGGAGCCUUGGGAUAGAUACUCCUGUCAUGCAAAUUUUGUGAGUAUCGGAAUUGACGUGUGUGGGUACAUGUGUCUGUAUAUACGGAUAUAAAACUGUAUAUAAAAACAUUUGUGUUCUUAAAAUGAACCAGUCUGAACUGUUUUGGAAAACAGUUGAGGUUUUAAAGUAUGUAUGGCACAAUUCUUUGGAGGCUUUUUUAAACAAAGGGAAAACAACCUCAGUAAAAAUGUAUUUUUCCUUGUGUAAGGGUAAUGUUUGAAACAUAGCUUCUUGUGCAAAUAUAUGUAGUUUCCAUGUAAUAAAUACAAAAUGCACUUUUAAAAAGUGGCCUGUCCUUGUUUUUCAGCAUAUCCGUAUAGAAAGUACAGAAUGCCUGGUGCUUUGCAAAUGCAUUUCAGAAAUACGGUGUGCUUUUCUGUUUCAUUUGAGUGUAUUAAAAUUUCCUAAUCUGUCAAAAGUGUUUCUACUUUUUUUCUAGCUACUGGAACUUUAUUUGAACGACAAUAAUAUACAGUACUUUGUAGAGUGUCAACGUAUAGACUAGUGGA